CAGUGCGUGCAAGCAGAUCGAUACAGCAAACGCGGGCGUGAAACUACACAAAAACAUCUCAAGUUGCAAAAUAUUAUAUUUAAAUAUCCUAACUCAAGAAGUGUAUAAAAAAAACUAGAAAGAUCACCAAAUGAUGAGCGCUCGUUCAGUGUCGCCCAAAGUGCUGCUGGACAUUAGCUACAAGCCCACCUUGCCCAAUAUAAUGGAGCUGCAGCACAAUGUGAUCAAACUGAUCCAGGUGGAGCAGCAGGCUUAUAUGCAAUCGGGCUACCAACUGCAGCACCAGCAGCAGCAACUUCUCCACUCCCACUCCCACCAGCAACAGCAACAGCAGCAGCAGCAGCAACCUCAGUACGCGCCACUGCCCUCGGAAUACGCGGCCUAUGGCAUCACGGAACUGGAGGAUACCGACUACAAUAUACCCAGCAACGAGGUCCUUAGCACCAGCAGCAAUCACAGUGCCCAAAGCGCCAGCCUGGAGCUGAACAACAACAAUACCAGCAGCAACAACACGAGCUCCGGCAACAAUCAGAGUGCUUUCGAUGGCCAGACUGGCGGUGGAUCCUCCUGGAAUGAGCAUGGCAAGCGGGCCCGGAGCAGUGGCGACUAUGAUUGCCAAACCGGAGGAUCUCUGACCAUGCAACCGGAGCAAAAGAAGCUAAUCCACCAGCAACAACAGCAGCAACAGCAGCAGCAUCAGCAACAGCAGCAACAUCAGCAGCAGCAACACAUCUACGUGGACUACUUACCCACCACUGUGGAUGAGGUAGCCUCGGCCCAAUCUUGUCCUGGCGUCCAGAGCACCUGCACCUCCCCGCACUCCCAUUUCGAGUUUCCCGACGAGGAUUUGCCCGAGCACAAGGCUCAGGUUUUCCUGCCCCUCUACAACAACCAGCAGCAAUCGCAGCAGCAGCAGCAACAGCAGCAACACCAACCGAAUCAUGCCCAAAUGCACUUCCAAAACGCCUACAGACAAAGUUUCGAGGGCUAUGAGCCGGCCAACUCCCUGAACGGCAGUGCCUAUUCCAGCUCCGAUCGGGAUGACAUGGAGUACGCCCGCCACAACGCCCUGAGUUCCGUGGGCGAUCUGAACGGAGGAGUCAUGUCGCCCGCCUGCCUGGCGGACGACGGCAGUGCUGGGAGCUUGCUGGAUGGAUCGGAUGCCGGCGGAAAGGCCUUCCGGAAGCCACGUCGCCGGCUGAAGCGGAAGCCCAGCAAGUCGGAGGAAACGGACGAGUUCAGCAACCAGAGGGUGAUGGCCAAUGUGAGGGAACGCCAGCGCACACAGAGCCUGAACGAUGCCUUCAAGUCCCUGCAGCAGAUCAUCCCCACGCUGCCCAGCGACAAGCUCAGCAAGAUCCAGACCCUCAAAUUGGCCACAAGAUACAUCGACUUCCUGUGCCGCAUGCUCAGCUCGAGUGACAUAUCCCUGCUGAAGGCCUUGGAGGCCCAGGGAUCGCCCUCGGCCUACGGAUCGGCCAGUUCCUUGCUGAGUGCCGCUGCCAAUGGAGCCGAUGCCGAUCUCAAGUGCCUGCGCAAGGCCAACGGAGCACCCAUCAUCCCGCCCGAGAAGCUGAGUUACCUCUUCGGGGUGUGGCGCAUGGAGGGCGAUGCCCAGCACCAGAAGGCAUAGCACCGGAUCGGGCCACUAUAUGCCUGCCAAGGAUCCAAAAGGGGCUUCCAGCUGCAACUAUCGUGUGAAUUCCAGAGCCCUGGCCGCUCUCACUCUUCAAUUCUCUGUCACUCUUUCCAUAUACGUGUCGAUUAGAUGUCUAAGCCUAAACCUACGAUUAAAGCCUAUUUAAUUUUAUAGUCUAAACUAAAUUAAUUGUAAAAACGAAACAAGCCAAGAAACAAAGAAAAGCCAUGA